GAUAGUCGUUACUGGGUUGCAGAGCUCCAUAUGAGUUAUUUUCGGUAAACCACAUAAAGUCGUUUAAACAAAGUAGUGGUAGGAGAAUGGUCUUUUCCCAUAAGCUCGUUGACUGAUGAGUUGUAUUUGUUUUGUCCACUAACAUGAGUCUGGCACCACAGAGCGGAUAUUUGUGCGCAUCACAGCACAGCUCCGUUACUGCAUUGGAUGAAUCGUUGACCAGGUUGAAUAUGAACAGCAGUGCAAGUUCAGGAGAAUCCUUACAGGAAGCCGAUUCAAUAAUAAUCUCACAUAAAGACGAUGAUGAGAAGAAUUACAGCACGAUGACACCUGCAGAGAAACUUUCAGUUUGUGAGAAACGGGUGCAGUCUUUAGCUGAUAGCGAAAAGUAUGAUGCUUGUAUUCAAGAGCUGGUGCGAUGUCUGGCACUGAGCAGAUUGGUUUAUGGAAAUGGGCAUUUUGCAGUGGCCCAAUCACAGUCCAGACUGGCUAAAGCCCACUUGCAGUACAAAGGAUGGGCACAUCAGGCACAAGAACAUGCAUCACAAGCACUUGAUAUACUCAGUUCCAGCCAACAGGGGGAGAGAGUGAGCUACCUCAACUGCUGCCUUAGUAUUCAUCUAACACUAGCAAGUGCCACUCUACUUUUAGGAAAUCUGGCAGAGGCUGAGUCAAGCUUUCAAAAGGCUGAAAUAAUCCUGGGAGACAUUGUGACACAUGAAGCCAUGGAAAAGAAGGAAAGAGUGGAUAUUGAAUAUGAGAUAUCUACAAAUUUAGCAAGAGUGUACCAGCGCCAGGGAAGAACUGACAUGGCCCUAAGUCAAUGUGAAAAAACCCUCGAGUUGAUGCAAGAGGGAGGUCAGCCAAGUCAGAUCUGCUUUACUUACAGGAACAUGGCAGCCAUUGAACAAACACAGGGACACCUGGAUAGAGCUAUUGAACGUCUUCAACAGGCUCAUUCCAUUGCUCUUAGUCAGAGUCCUGGGGGAUUAGAAGGGGCUCACAUCGCACACAGCUUGGCACUUGCAUACUCCUCCACUACAGAGCCUCAUCAUAAUGAUUCAGCAGCACAGUUUUUUGAGGACUGUAUAAGUACAUACAGGAGUACAGUAGGCCCACAGGACAAACUCACCUUAUCGGCCCAAGAUGACUACAGUCACUUCCUCUUACUAACAGGACAACAUGAGAGAAGUGCUCAGAUCCAAAGAGAGUCUUUAGCUCUAAAAAAGAGCACUUUUGGUGAGCUGAGUGCAGAGGUGGCCGAAGCGCUGCAGCUGAUUGGUGGAGUGGAGAUGACACAGGGUCAGAUGAGACACGCCCACAAAACCCUCAAGAAGUGUCUGGAUAUUCAGAAUAUGCUGUUUGGUCCUCAGCAUAAGAAAACCAAAGCCACACAAAAAACUGUGGAGAUGUUGUUUCAGUCACCAGAAGUUUGUGGAAGCCACAGGGAGAAAAGUCAGCUUGAAACAAGACCUCCUUUUUGUGCAGUGGUAUCAUCUCCAACCGAGUUAAAAUCUAGUAUCUCGAACACAUAAGAGCAUGAAUUUGACUAGGACUGUCAGGAAUGUUGUUUUACAGGAGGAGAUCUGUAGAUUGGUAAAAAGAAGGCAAUAUUUCUAGAACAGCAGACAAACUGAACUGCGAGUUUAAUCCCUUAAGUGGUUGGCAAGGUGACUUACCCUUCACAAACUGAGAACAGUCCAACAGUGAGCUCAUACACUCUAAACACACCAACGUAAUACUGUUAGAAAGGAGUUUUAUUAUUCUU